CAGCCUUGUCUCAGCCCGCGCCUUGGCGCCUUCGGUGUCCGGGCUCCCUACUGCCACUCUGCUCGGCUCCUCCUCGCAAAUCCUGCUGCACAGCCGGGCCGCGAUGAGCUCCGGCCAGCAGCCUCCGCCUCCAGCCCCUGCCCUGGCCCUGGCCCUGGCUUUGACCCUGGUCAUGUUGGCCAGACCUUCAUCCGCAGCCUCCUUCUUUGGUGAGAACCACCUGGAGGUGCCCGUGGCCACAGCUUUGACCGACAUAGACCUCCAGCUGCAGUUCUCCACGUCCCAGUCCGAAGCCUUGCUUCUCCUGGCAGCGGGCCAGGCUGACCACCUCCUGCUGCAACUCUACUCUGGACGUCUGCAGGUCAGACUCACCCUGGGCCAAGAGGAGCUGAAGCUGCAGACCUCAGCUGGGACUCUGCUGAGCGACUCCGUCCUCCACACCGUGCAGCUGACUAUUUCCGACAGCGAGGCCUUGUUGUCAGUCGAUGGGCUCCUGAAUGCCUCAGCCCCAGUCCCGGGAGCUCCCCUAGAGGUCCCCUAUGGACUCUUCCUGGGGGGCACUGGAAGCCUUGGCCUGCCCUACGUGAGGGGAACCAGUCGGCCCCUGAGGGGCUGCCUCCAUGCUGCCACCCUCAAUGGACGCAACCUCCUGCGACCACUAACGCCAGACGUGCCUGAGGGCUGUGCUGAAGAGUUUUCUGCUGAUGACAGUGUGGCUCUGGGCUUCUCUGGGCCCCACUCACUGGCGGCCUUCCCUGCCUGGAGCACUCGGGAUGAAGGCACCCUGGAGUUUACACUCACCACUCGGAGCCACCGGGCGCCCCUGGCCUUCCAGGCAGGGGGCCGGCAUGGGGAUUUCAUCUACGUGGACAUAUUUGAGGGCCACCUGCGGGCUGUGGUCGAGAAGGGCCAAGGCACUGUAUUGCUCCACAACAGCGUGCCUGUGGCCGACGGGCAACCCCAUGAGGUCAGCGUCCACGUGGAUGCUCACCAGCUGGAAAUCUCCGUGGACCAGUAUCCCACACGCACUUCCAACCGUGGGGUCCUCAGCUACCUGGACCCACGUGGCAGUCUCCUCCUUGGGGGGCUGGACACAGAGGCCUCUCGCCACCUCCAGGAACAUCGCCUGGGCCUGGCGCCGGGGGCUGUCAAUGUCUCCCUACUGGGCUGCAUGGAGGACCUCAGCAUCAAUGGCCAGAGGCAGGGACUCCGGGAGGCCUUGCUGACUCGCAGCAUGGCGGCCGGCUGCCGGCUGGAGGAAGACGAAUACGAGGACGACACCUACGGCCCGUACGAAGCUUUCUCCACCCUGGCACCUGAGGCUUGGCCAGCCGUGGAGCUGCCCGAGCCCUGCGUGCCUGAAGCGGGGCUGCCUCCUGUCUUUGCCAACUUUACCCAACUGCUGACCAUCAGCCCGCUGGUGGUGGCCGAGGGUGGCACAGCCUGGCUUGAGUGGCGGCACGUGCAGCCCACGCUGGACCUGAGCGAGGCCGAGCUGCGCAAAUCCCAGGUGCUGUUCAGCGUGAGCCGCGGGGCACGCCACGGGGAGUUGGAGCUGGACAUCCCCGGUGCCCAGGCACGGAAGAUGUUCACCCUCCUGGACGUGGUGAACCGCAAGGCCCGCUUCGUCCAUGAUGGCUCUGAGGACACCUCUGACCAGCUGGUGCUGGAGGUGUCAGUGACUGCUCGGGUGCCCGUGCCCUCCUGCCUCCGGAGGGGCCAAACUUACAUCCUGCCAAUCCAGAUAAACCCUGUCAACGACCCACCCCGCGUCAUCUUCCCACACGGCAGCCUCAUGGUGAUCCUGGAACACACACAGAAGCUGCUGGGGCCAGAGGUUUUCCAGGCCUACGACCCAGACUCUUCCUGCGAGGGCCUCACCUUCCAACUCCUUGGCACCCCCACCGGCCUCCCCGUGGAGCGCCGAGACCAGCCUGGGGAGCCAGCAACCGAGUUCUCCUGCCGGGAGCUGGAGGCGGGCAGCCUAGUCUAUGUCCACCGUGGUGGGCCCGCCCAGGACCUGACAUUCCGGGUCAGCGAUGGGCUGCAGGCCAGCCCUCCCGCCACCCUGAAGGUGGUGGCCGUCCGGCCCACCAUUCAGAUCCGCCACAACACCGGGCUGCACUUGGCCCAGGGCUCCGCCGCACCUGUCUUGCCCGCCAACCUGUCGGUGGAGACCAACGCUGUGGGGCAGGAUGUGAGCGUGCUGUUCCGAGUCACCGAGGCCCCGCGGUUCGGGGAGCUGCAGAAGCAGGGGGCAGGUGGGGCCGAGGGUGCUGAGUGGCGAGCCACGCAGGCAUUCCACCAGCGGGACGUGGAGCAGGGCCGCGUGAGAUACCUGAGCACCGACCCACAGCAUCGCAUGGAGGACUCUGUGGAGAACCUGGCCCUGGAGGUACAGGUGGGGCAGGAGAUCCUGAGCAAUCUGUCCUUCCCAGUGACCAUCCAGAGAGCCACAGUGUGGCUGCUGCGGCUGGAACCACUGCACACUCAGAACACCCAGCAGGAGGCGCUCACCACAGCCCACCUGGAAGCCACCCUGGAGGAGGAGGAGGCAGGCCCAAGCCCCACCACCUUCCACUAUGAGGUGGUUCAGGCCCCCAGGAAGGGUAAUCUUCGGCUACAGGGCACACGGCUGUCAGAUGGCCAGAGCUUCACCCAGAAUGAUCUGCAGGCUGGUCGGGUGACCUACGGGGCCACAGCACGUGCCUCGGAGGCAGUCGAGGACAUCUUCCGUUUCCGUGUCAUAGCUCCGCCACACUUCUCCCCACUCUAUACCUUCCCCAUCCACAUUGGUGGUGACCCGGACGCCCCCGUCCUCACCAACAUCCUCCUCUCGGUGCCCGAGGGUGGCGAGGGUAUCCUCUCUGCUGACCACCUCUUCGUCAAGAGUCUCAACAGUGCCAGCUACCUCUAUGAGGUCAUGGAGCGGCCCCGCCAUGGGAGGUUAGUUUGGAGGGGUGCACAGGACCAGGCCACCACGGUGACAUCCUUCACCAAUGAGGACCUGCUGCAGGGCCGGCUGGUUUACCAGCAUGACAACUCUGAGACCACAGAAGAUGACAUCCCAUUUGUGGCUACCCGCCAGAGUGAGGGCAGUGGUGGCAUGGCCUGGGAGGAGGUACGGGGCGUCUUCCGUGUGGCCAUCCAGCCUGUAAAUGACCACGCUCCCGUGCAGACCAUCAGCCGCGUCUUCCACGUGGCCAGGGGUGGGCGGCGGCUGCUGACAACAGACGACGUGGCCUUCAGUGAUGCUGACUCUGGCUUUGCCGACACUCAGCUGGUACUGACCCGUAAGGACCUUCUCUUCGGCAGUAUUGUGGCUGUGGAUGAGCCCACGCGGCCCAUCUACCGCUUCACCCAGGAGGACCUCAGGAAGAGGCGAGUCCUGUUUGUGCACUCGGGGGCCGACCGCGGCUGGAUUCAGCUGCAGGUGUCGGACGGGCAGCACCAGGCCACCGCGUUGCUCGAAGUGCAGGCCUCGGAGCCCUACCUCCAUGUGGCCAAUGGCUCCAGCCUCGUGGUCCCUCAGGGAGGCCAGGGCACCAUUGACACAGCUGUGCUCCACCUGGACACCAACCUAGACAUCCGCAGUGGGGAUGAGGUCCGCUACCGCGUCACGGCUGGCCCGCACUGGGGGCAGCUGCUCCGGGCCGGCCAGCCAGCCACAGUCUUCUCCCAGCAGGACCUGCUGGACGGGGCCAUUCUUUACAGCCACAAUGGCAGCCUUAGCCCUCGAGACACCCUGGCCUUCUCUGUGGAGGCAGGGCCUGUGCACACAGAUGCCACCCUGCAAGUGACCAUUGCCCUAGAGGGGCCACUGGCCCCGCUGCAUCUGGUCCGGCACAAGAAGAUCUACGUCUUCCAGGGGGAGGCGGCUGAGAUCAGAAAGGAUCAGCUGGAGGCAGCCCAGGAGGCAGUGCCACCGGCGGACAUCGUGUUCUCAGUGAAGACCCCGCCGCGCGCCGGCUACCUGGUGAUGCUGUCCCACGGCGCCUCCGUGGCUGAGCCACCCAGCUUGGACCCAGUGCAGAGCUUCUCCCAGGAGGCAGUGGACGCGGGCAGGGUCCUAUACCUGCACUCCCGCCCCGAGGCCUGGAGCGAUGCCUUCUCCCUGGAUGUGGCCUCAGGCGUGGGCGCUCCCCUUGAGGGUGUCCGUGUAGAACUGGAGGUGCUGCCUGCUGCCAUCCCACUGGAGACACAGAACUUCAGCGUCCCCGAGGGCGGCAGCCGCACGCUGGCCCCUCCACUGCUCCGUGUCAUGGGGCCUUACUUCCCCACGCUGCCAGGCCUUGACCUGCAGGUGCUAGAGCCACCCCAGCAUGGGGCCCUGCGGAGAGAGGAAGGUCCUCAAGAGGGGACCCUCGGCGCUUUCUCCUGGAAAGAGGUGGAACAGCAGCUGAUCCGCUAUGUGCACGAUGGGAGUGAGACGCUGACAGAUAGCUUUGUCCUAGUGGCUAAUGCCUCAGAGAUGGACCGCCAGAGCCAUCCAGUGGCCUUCACCAUCACCAUCCUGCCCGUCAAUGACCAACCCCCCAUCCUCACCACAAACACAGGCCUGAAGAUGUGGGAGGGGGCCACUGUGCCCUUCCCUUCGGAGGCCCUCAGGGCCACAGACAGCGACUCAGGACCGGAGGACCUGGUCUACACCAUCGAGCGGCCCAGCAAUGGGCAGGUAGUGCUGCGGGUGGCACCGGGCACCGAGGUCCACAGCUUCACGCAGGCCCAGCUAGAUGGAGGGCUGGUGCUGUUCUCACAUAGAGGAGCCCUGGAUGGAGGCUUCCACUUCAGCCUCUCCGAUGGUGAGCACGCUUCCCCCGGACACUUCUUCCGCGUGACGGCCCAGAAGCAGCUGCUCCUCUCGCUAGAGGGCAGCCGGACGCUGACCGUGUGCCCAGGGUCGGUCCAGCCGCUGAGCAGCCAGAGCCUGAGAGCCAGCUCCAGUGCAGGCACGGACCCCCACCACCUGCUCUACCGCGUGGUGCAGGGCCCCCGGCUGGGCCGGCUGUUCCACGCCCGGCAGGGCGGCUCUGGGGAGGCCCUGGUGAACUUCACUCAGGCUGAGGUAUAUGCUGGGACUGUUCUGUAUGAGCACGAGAUGCCCCCUGAGCCCUUCUGGGAGGUCCGUGACGCCGUGGAGCUCCAGCUGUCGUCGCCCCCAGCCCCUGAUGUGGCCACCACCCUUGCUGUGGCUGUGUCUUUUGAGGCUGCCUGUCCCCAGCGCCCCAGCCGCCUCUGGAGUAACAAAGGUCUUUGGGUCCCUGAAGGCCAGCGGGCAGAGAUCACCAGGGACGCCCUUGAUGCCUCCAACCUCCUGGCCACCAUUCCAUCACCCCAGCGCCCAGAGCACGACGUACUCUUCCAAAUCACACAGUUCCCCACCCGGGGCCAGCUGUUGGUGUCUGGGGAGCCCCUCGAUGCCAGGCGGCCCCACUUCCUGCAGUCCGAGCUGGCCGCAGGGCAGCUGGUCUACGCCCACGGCGGCGGGGGCACCCAGCAGGAUGGCUUCCGCUUCCGCGCCCACCUCCAGGGGCCGGCGGGGGCUUCCGUUUCGGGUCCCCAAACCUCGGAGGCCUUCGCCAUCACCGUGCGGGACGUGAAUGAGCGGCCGCCUCGGCCCCAGGCCUCCGUGCCGCUGCGGCUCACCCGGGGCUCCCGCGCCCCGGUCUCCCGGGCCCAGCUGAGUGUGGUGGACCCAGACUCGGCCCCUGGGGAGAUCGAGUACGAGGUGCAGCGGGCCCCCCUCAACGGCUUCCUGAGUCUGGCGGGGGCCGGCCCGGGGCCCGUGAUCCGCUUCACGCAGGCCGACGUGGACGCGGGGCGGCUGGCCUUCGUGGCCAACGGGAGCAGCGUGGCCGGCAUCGUGCAGCUGAGCGUGUCUGACGGGGCCAGCCCCCCGCUGCCCGUAGCCCUGGCCGUGGACGUCUUGCCGGCGGCCAUCGACGUGUGGCUGCGCGCGCCCCUAGAGGUGCCCCAGGCCCUGGGGCGCUCCUCCCUGAGCCGGGAGCAGCUCCAGGUGGUGUCAGACCGGGAGGAGCCAGACGCAGCCUACCGCCUCACCAGGGGGCCCCGGUUCGGGCAGCUCCUGGUGGCCGGUCAGCCGGCCACGGCCUUCAGCCAGCUCCAGGUAGACCAGGGGGAGGUGGUCUUUGCCUUCACCAACUUCUCCUCCUCUCACGACCACUUCAGCGUCCUGGCACUGGCCAGAGGUGCCAACACGUCAGCCACAGUGAACGUCACCGUCAGGGCGCUGCUGCGAGUGUGGGCGGGUGGGCCGUGGCCCCAGGGUGCCACCCUGCGCCUGGACUCCACCGUCCUAGAUGCGGGAGAGCUGGCCAACCGCACGGGCAGUGUGCCCCAUUUCCGGCUCCUGGCGGGACCCCGGCAUGGCCGCGUGGUCCGCGUGCCCCGGGCCAGAACGGAGCCCAGGGACAGCCAGCUUGUGGAGCAGUUCACCCAGCGGGACCUUGAGGAUGGAAGGCUGGGGCUGGAGGUGGGCAGGCCAGAGGGUAGGUCCCCUGGCCCCUCAGGCGACAGUCUCACUCUGGAGCUGUGGGCACGGGGUGUGCCCCCUGCUGUGGCCUCACUGGACUUUGACACUGAGCCUUACAAUGCAGCCCGGCCCUACAGUGUGGCCCUGCUCAGUCUCCCCGAGGCUGCUCAGACAGAAGCAAGGAACCCAGAGAGCAGCACCCCCACGGGCGAGCCAGGCCCAUUAGCCUCCAGCCCCGUGCCCACUGUGGCCAGGAGGGGAUUCCUGGGCUUCCUGGAGGCCAACAUGUUCAGUGUCAUCAUUCCCGUGUGCCUGGUCCUCCUGCUCCUGGCACUCAUCUUGCCCCUGCUCUUCUACCUCCGCAAACGCAACAAGACGGGCAAGCACGACGUCCAGGUGCUGACCGCCAAGCCCCGCAACGGCCUAGCCAGCGACACAGAGACCUUCCGCAAGGUAGAGCCGGGCCAAGCCAUCCCACUCACCGCAGUGCCCAGCCAGGGGCCCCCGCCAGGGGGCCAGCCUGACCCAGAGCUCCUACAGUUCUGCCGGACACCCAACCCUGCUCUCAAGAACGGCCAGUACUGGGUGUGAGGCCUGGCCUGGGCCCAGAUGCUGUUCAGGCCAGGGACAGGCUUGCUCAGGCCCCGGCCCCAUUGCUCCCAUGCCCUGGUGCUAUCUGAGUAUCCCCAGAGCCAGAGAUACCUGGGGACAUCUGAGGUGGAGGGUGCUGGGAGGAAGUCCCAGGGGUGCAGGACCAAGUAGAGUCAAGAGCUGGAAUCUCCCCAGCUUUCUCCACGCCUGGAGAACUGCAAGGGGGCCAAGGUCAGAGGCAGGCUUAGAGUCAGUCCCCCUGCCCUGGAGCUAGUCUGGGCUGUCAAAACCAGAGUGAUCUCCUAGAUAUGUCAGGACUCUGGAUCCUGGGUCUGUGAUCUUGGGUAAGUCACAUCUGACCCAGGCUGCUAAGAGGUCAAGGAGAAGAGAGGGUAGGGAAGAUAGACAGGGAUUCCUGGCUUUUCCACUCCAAGCCAAGGCUCCCUUUGUCUCUGCCCCAGGGUUGACGGGAAAACUUUUUCCCCUGGUUUUUUAGGGAGAUGGUAUUCCCUGGAGCAGAGGGCAGGAGGAGAGAGACCCUCCACUCUCUAGGAGACAUAAGCCAGUAGAACAAUAUAUUCAGGGUGCAAGGUAAGGCAGGUUGCUCUGGGAAUGGGUUUAUUUAAGAGGGAUUGCGAGGAAGCUAUUUAACACAGUGUUGAGCUAGCCCAGACUAAUGGAGCCCUGAGAAUGUGGGAUGGAGGAGGGUCUGAGGCCAGUUCAUUCCCAGGGCCCCGCCUUGAUGGGCUGAGGGCUAGGUAGGCAGUAUGGGUCUGUGGCCUGGGAACAGGCGGGGCUGAGGAGCAUGUAGGGUCUCAGGCCAGGGGCCACUGUAAUGCCUGUGCUCCCCCAAGGACUGGGGGGUGAGCCAUUGGGGGAACUCAAGUCCAUGGGGCCUGGAUAAAUGGUGCUUUGGAGGUUCUGGA